UUGUGCACUGCACUCCUCAGCCUAAAGUAGUAACAAUAAUUCACCCAAGAAGUGGUGAAAGAAACACAAACUAGAAAAAAAGGACAAACAAAACCAAAAAUGAUGGUGCAAGUGGGAGAGUGUUACUAGAUUUUACUUUUGGGUUUCUAAGUGAGUGCCCAUUUUCCUUGUUUCCUUUCUUUGCGAUACAAAGCCAAGUCUUGAGUUAGUGGGCAAUUACUCACUAUUCCUGUUUUUCCGGUCUCGAAUUCAGUGCUGCUUCUUUUUUUCUCUCUUCACUGAGGAAUUUCAGUUUCUCUUUUUUAUGCUAUAUAUAUGAGGAGGUGGCCAUUCUUGCUGAAUCUCUUCUUGGGUCUCUUGCUUUUGCUUCAACCAUGUCCUUGUCUUGCUGCUUCUCCCAUUCUCCAUUGCCAUUAAAGAUUAAGCACUUGGGGAAGCCUAUUAAACCUUGUGGCACGGUUUGUAAGAGGCAACCUUUUACUGUCAUAAGCAAUGGUGUUGAGCUUUGUAACAACCGGAUUGUGAAAACUAGAGUCAAUUUAGUUGGAGAUUGGAGUUUCAUAAGAGGAUCCAGAGUUGUUGCCAAACCAAAUGCUACACGACCGGUUCAUUAUCCGAAAAGCAGCCGAAUACAAGCUUCCUGGUUCGACGGAUCCCAACUAGUGAGCAGUGUAUUUACACUGGGAACAGUUGCAGUGCUCCCAUUUUACACACUAAUGGUUCUUGCUCCAAAAUCUGACCUAACUAAGCAGUGUAUGGAAAGUAACAUACCAUAUGUAGUGCUUGGCAUUCUAUAUGCAUAUUUGUUGUAUCUUUCAUGGACUCCAGAGACAGUAAAAUUGAUUUUUGCAAGUAAAUACUUGCUGCCAGAGCUCUCUAGUAUAGGGAAGAUGUUCUCUAGUGAAUUGACUUUAGCCUCUGCAUGGAUUCACUUACUGGUUGUUGAUCUCUUUGCUGCAAGGCAAGUUUUUGAAGAUGGACAACAGAAUAAGAGGGGCAUGGCUUGUAGAUGAUGGCACACACAUGCAUGCAAACAUAGAUUUCAUGUGAAUUUCAUAAGUCUUGUAUGAGUUGAACUGCAAAAUUUUAUGGCCAUUUCUGCUUCAAUCCAAAUCAAAAGUGUGUAAUUUACCAA